AUGGCACGACCGUUGGAAAAGAUAUCUGAUGUUAACGAUGAAAAGGAACUUUGGAAAGUUGCUGUUAAGAUACAUCACAAGUGGAGUGUCAUCUCUAACAACAAGGAACAUUUCGAAAUGGUUGUUUAUGAUUCUGAGGGAAGUGAUAUCCAUGUUAUCGUACCUCCCGUUUACAGGCAGAAUUUUGAUUCGGUGUUUGUUGUUAAUGAUACUUACACUAUUGCGAACUUCCAAGUUCAGCUGAAUGAUCUGCUGUUCAAACCUUCUGCUCACAAGUACCUCCUUAAAUUUACUGGUGGGACAAAAGUUGGGGAUAGAAAUGUGCAUCAGAUUCAGGAAAAGGCUUGCAGACUCACUCCUUUUCUUGAUAUUUUAACUGGGAAAUGGAAUAAGGAUCAACUUUUAGAUGUUAUCGGAGUGGUUGAUGAAAUUGGGUACACACAGGUCCAGGUUGGAAGUAAAAAGCAACAGGUCAACUUUGUCAUUCGCGACUUGAGGUUUAAACAACAACACUAUCACGGUUACGUUAUGGGAGGCGUAAGCGGUGCAGUUUAUGAACUACGCAAAUAUCCUCUAUCUGUUACCAACACUUACAAUGUCACCAAAUUGACUAUUAAUGAAGACGUGGAGACAAUCAAACAAUUUGCCAAAAUGCUUACACAGGAUACUAUAGUGGCUGUCUCAGGCCUUCUCAGUCAUCAGUCUCAGGGAAGGUCGCAAAACUCAUACAGUUCUCGCCAAUCACCUACCCAAAAGUUGUUGUCUAAUGCUGUUCUUCUUCCACUUGAGCAGAUAGUUAAACUCAAAGACACUACUUUUUGUGCCACGGUUGCUACAAUUGCAAAAAUUGUUGCUUCAAAAUAUGGGUGGUACUACCAGGCAUGCCAUGAGUGCCCAAAUAAAGUCACUGGUGAUAGCCCUCCCUACAAGUGUGUCAAGGGACAUGAGACUGAAACUGCCAUUUUCAGGUAUAAAAUAGAGGUGGGUGUUCUUCAUGCUGGUACAAAAUGCAAGUUUGUUUUAUGGGACAAGGAGAGUGAAGACCUAUUGGAAGUGUCGGCUGCUCAUAUGCGCGAAACAAUGUUUCAGGCUGGAAUAUUUGAUCCCCUUGAUUAUCCCCUGACACUCGACAAGCUCCUUAAUCAGGAACUUGCCUUCAAGGUCAAGUGGCAACCAAAUUGGUCUAAUUGCUCGGUCAUCAUGUUAGUGAAAGAUAAACCUGUUGUGGAUCAACUAAAAUCUGAAUGGGUGGAGGCGACUACAGUUAAUUCACAACAGCUUUCCGCCCCAGUGAACCAUAUAAAAGAGAGUGUUGAUGAGGCUGUUCCUAUUGAUGAUUCCGACAUUGUUACGGAUCCUGAGAUAACUUCCAAAUUGCACGGUGAACCGGUCACACCUACGGCAAAAAGACAGAGCCCCGAUCCAUCCAUUGAAUCUACAAGUCAUGCGACACACAACGAAGGAGAUUUGUCUUCCACUAAACUUAAGAAACCAGCCAGAAUCACCAGGAAAUUAGUGAAGAUUGAAAAAUAG